AUGAGCGGUGACCAACCCUACUACGAUUACACCCGCUCAUCCGGCGGUGACUUUAGCCAAUACACCGAUGAGCCUGGCACCUAUGACGGCUUUUACGGUACUGAAAGUAGUGCCUCUACAGGAGGCUAUCCCGAGCAGAGCUAUAGCGCAGGCAACGAUGAAAGCCCCUUUGGCGAAGACGAAGAAGACGACUUUCUCGACCCGGAGGAGGAGCAUCGCAUGAUGAAGGAACAGUCGGACCGGGGCUUGCGCGAAUAUACCAAGAGACAGAAAGAGAUCCAGAAAGAGACUGAGAGGCGUAGGCAAUCCAGUACGGGGGAGAGUCGAGGGAGCGGCAGUAGCAACCAAGGUAGUAGUAGCUCUUCCAGCAAGAAGAAGAAGGCACAGAAGCCGAAACUCAAGCCGGCAAAGAAGCCGUCGUCGAGCAAGUCUAAGCAAGCUUCAGAGCUUGCUGAUAUUGGCGAGGAAGAGGAAUGA